AGGCGGGCGGGAGCGUGCGCGCGGCGGGCGUGAGGCGCGGACUGUUGUGCGCUCCCUCUCUCCUCUCGGGCGGGCGGGCGGCAGCGGCGGCGGCGGAGGCCGUGCGGGGAGCGCUUAGUCUCUCACUCAGGUCCCUCCUCCCUCUCCCUCCCUCCCUCCCUCCCCCGCCCCCCAGCACCCUCGCCCCGCGCGGCGCUUCAGACGCCGGACUGUCCCAGCCCCGAUAUGGCUCGUGGACAGCAGAAGAUUCAGUCUCAGCAGAAAAAUGCCAAAAAACAAGCUGGACAAAAAAAGAAACAAGGACAUGAUCAGAAGGCUGCUGCUAAGGCUGCCUUGAUAUAUACCUGCACUGUCUGUAGGACACAAAUGCCGGACCCUAAGACCUUCAAACAGCACUUUGAGAGCAAACAUCCUAAGACUCCACUUCCUCCAGAAUUGGCUGAUGUUCAGGCAUAAAGUUGUUUACAGGUGAAUUCAUGGCACCUAUUGACUCUUCUACUAUCUCAGACCUUAGGUAACAAACCUGCAGCUGCUUUUCUAACAAACUGUUGAUCAGCAAAAAUAAAGGGGCUACAGAAACUCAUUUUUAUGCUGUUCCCUUUUGGGCUUCAUGCAAAGACAAUUCUGUGUAAAUGUACAGUUGGGCCUUGAUUUGGAAAUUCUGAAAAUCAGUCCAUCCUUGUUAUAAAAAUUUUUUUACAAUUGUAAUUAUAUUGAUGUUCAUAUUGUGUAAAAUAACUCAUUUAAUAAAGUAGUACUUUGAUUUUACAACAUCACAGGAUAAAUGCUUGUAGAAGUUCUGUUCCACCUUUACGCAUCUGCCUUAAAAUCUAAUGAAGACAUCAGCUAGAAUUGCAAAUGCUUUGUCUCUUACCCCUUUCCCAUCAAGUUUGUUGGCUAUUCAAACUAAAGCAGAAUCAUUAAUACAUGUAUUCUAUUGUAUUAUUUUAGGUAGACAGCUAGUGAAACAAAAGAAUUGAUUAAUUGCUUUCAUAUACUUGAUAAAUAUUUUAAUUUGUCGGUUUGUUUAGUAAAACUCCUUAAGAAUUAAUGUGCCAUUCCACUUUCUUCAGUUGUGCCUGUAUUGGGUGUACCACUACUGAAAACAACCUGGAUUAAUAGGUUGUGAGAAGGGAAUUGCAAAUUUGAUAAAAAAUAAUCCUCUUGUUGACCCUGAAUGGGACAUAAAUAAUUGGCUAAUGAACAUUAUUACAAGUAUUUGGUAAAUGAUUGAAGGAAUUGAAUUUUCCUUGCGAAAAAUAAGGUUCUAAAGUCUGCCAUAGUGGGUGACAAAUUAACUAUUUUACGUAAAAGUAAGCUUGGAAAAUUUAUUGCUAUAAACUGGUUUGUCUUUGUUCUAUAAUAUGUAAGUUUCUUUCAGAAUCGUUCUAGAUAGAUUUAAAUUGAAGAUUAUUCUGAAAGAAUUCUUUUAAAUAUUUGCCAAAAUAACUAGAACAGGAAUUAAUUUAAAUGGCCCGGUUUUGUUACUAGUAAAUGUCAUUAAAAGGAAAAAUGGAAUGGCAUACUUGGGCUAAGUACCCAUAUGGGUGUCAUUGACUUUAAGAGUAUGUUUUAAUCUUAUUUUUAAACUCUUAAAGACCAUACAUAUUGGGUUUGGGUUUAAGGUCUUAGAAUAGUUUUAAAUCCACAUACUUAUUAUAUAGGUAUGUUAAAGGUAUUUGUGGAGAAGAGAAUUUAAAUGAAGUAAAACCCUACCAGCUGAAGUGAGGCUAUGUUUAGAAGUUGAUCCUUAACAAUUUAUUUUAAUCAGAACUGAAAGAUUAAGUUUGUUAAUAUUGUCUAUUUUAACUGAUUUUUUUAAUGAAAUAGGGAGAAUAGUAUUCAAAUAUAAACUUUUAGGGAGUAGCACACACUGGUAGCCAGCUCUUACAGACACCAGAUUCUGUCCUUUAUCUAAUUAUCACUGCAAAUUCUUUCUAUGGUUUUGCAUCAUCCACCAUAUUGUACGUAUUACUAUUUAAAAUGAGAUUUUAAGGAAAAAAUCUGAUGGAGAUAGUUGGUAAGAAAAUUCUUACUACUUUACCUGACCAAAAGAAAACCUUUUAAAUUCCCUAAAUAUUACAUGACUAUUAUAUGGUAUCCUAACAUUGAUUCACCAGAAAGUUAGAAUUCUGCCUUUAAUUCAUGUGCUAGGUAUUAUUCUGGUUAAUUUCAGUUAAAAGGAAGUAUUUCUGAGUAUAUAUGUUUUUUCAAUGUUUAGUGAAGUUUUUCCAUUUAAAAAUAAUUAUCUUUGAAUUUCAUUUUUCUUUCAGUUGCCUUACUAAUUGUAUAAUUUUUUAAUAAAAGAUUUUUAUGUUUGUAUUCAGUUCAUUAUGAGAAACUAAAGAACCACAUUUAAAGCUGUAUCACAGUGAUAGGAAAAAUAACAUUUAUCUUGCAUAAAACCUUUAAUUCUCAGACUUAAUAUGUGAAUUGUUCUAUCAGCUACUCUUUUUUUUUUUGGUUGUUGUGUGUGAGUUAAAUCUUCAACAGGGGAAAAAUCUUUAAAUUUCAGAGCCCUAACUGAAUAUUUUUGUAAUUUGAAGAUUCUAUAACAGAUCUAAUUGUUAUGUUGUCUUCAAAAGGCUUAAUAAAAUAUAUUGAGGGAGAAUUUUUUUUUUUCAUUUAUAAGGAGACAUCAGUUGCUGAAGGGAGUGGGGUUAAUAGUAAAUUUGUUUCCACUCUUUCAUAUGACUACCCCCUGUUAACUAACACACUGGAGGCUCAGUUGUGUGCUGUAAUGUCUUAUUAAAGAAAAUAUUAAAGAAAAUAAAGUAGUGUAAAAU